CGCCGCUUCAUCGAUUGCAUGCUUGCUACCCCUGCCCUCUCUCGGAGCAUGCAUUGUAUCGCUGGUUUAAGAGUGAUCUGAUUCAUUGUCCUGCUGUCAUCUAUCUAUCUGCGUGCUUGUUGGCUAGCUUCUGCCUCGGACCAACCCCGCCAUCUACGGAUUCAUGCAGACCAUGCCCCCCCGAGCGUCCAUGACUAGCUCAUUCUCUGUGACGGACGCCAACAAUGAGGUGGUUUGCCCACUGAAGAACAAUGAUGGCUCCAAUUGUCGGAAAAGAUGCUUGGGCGAGAAGCGCUAUCGCUCCAUGCAGGAGCACAUUCGGCGGGCCCAUCCGAACCACUAUAUCCCGAAGCUCCCGGCGACCGAGGAGAGCUUCCUUCUGAUGGUCACCACGCCGCCGGAUCAACGGGCCCAUUUGUCUCCGCCAAACCAGUCCCAGUCUCAUCGGAGGCGCAAUGGAAUCGCCGACCGCGAUAUCUACGUCGCGGAUGCCAGCUCUCCCGCUACUCCUCACGGGCCCGAUGAGACUCAUCCGGCCGCUGCGACAGCUGCCGUAGCUUUGGCCCAGUUGCAUCAUAAUCGGCUCGCCUCGGACUGGGAUACGGAUAUGGAGAGUCAUUCGGACAACGACCUUGCGCAAGGUCGUAUGCGUUCUUCCAUUGAACUGCCCUCGCUGCGUGAUCAUUUUAAACAAGAAUCCUUACGGCCACUGUCGCCUCCUCGCCCACGAGGCCUGCUCCCGUCCAUCCUCAACCACUCGCCUCCGGGGCGCUCCUCCACCCUGCCUCCGAUUCAACGAAGCGACAAGCUACCGCGACCGCGCAAGUCGUCCAUCUCUGGAGCUCGCAAGCCGAAACACGAACGGAUCAAGUCGCGCGAGCUGAACAGACGACGCCCUAGUCUCGGCGACCGCAAGGCGCUCUCGGCCGAACCACAGACAGCCGCAUGGGCACAAGGCAAACGGUGGGAGGACCUGAUCGAAGCAGCCACAUCGGCGACGGAGGUCGAUGACGAUCGACAGUCUGAGCUCGGUCGCUCGCCCACCAUUCCCCCACUAAUUUCCAACCUGACGGGACCAUCCGAGAAAACUCGGUCGUCGUUACCACCGGGGUUCGCACAGUCCGGGCUCCCUCAUCCGUCGCAUCGUCCUUUCGGGCCUCACUCGUACGCGGCGUCGCCUCUGCAUAAAUCCCUGACCCCACCGCCCUACGACCUGGCCCGCAACCGCGACAGCGACCUGGAACCGUUCCCGUCCAUCGAGUCGUCGCUUGACUCGGCGUCGACAACGUCCGGCAGAAUGGGCGUUAGCCGCCUGGGACCCCCGAUGAACGACUCGAGCCCGGUGCUGAACAUUUUCCCUUCGUCGGCCUCGCAGCGCCAGCACCACCGCUUUUCGAACCCGACCCCGGCUUCCUACCGCAGCAAGGAGAUCGAGAUCUACUGCGCGCAUUGCAAGCGCGCGUGGCCCGUGAACGAGUGCUACGCUUGUACUGAGUGUAUCUGCGGCGUGUGUCGCGAGUGCGUGGGCAUGUUCAUGGGUAGUCCGCAGAACUCAUUCCGAAAUGUGACAUCGAGCCCGGGCAGUGCCAUAUCGCAUGGACCUACCAGCUAUCCCAACCGGCCCUGUCCAUCGUGCCGGGCGAUUGGAGGGAAGUGGAAGGCAUUCCGAUUGGACUUCAGAUGAUCCUUCCUUCCUUUUCACCUUUUCACAUUCCCCCCCUUCAACCCUCUUGUUUUUCUUUCUUUUUAUUCUUUUAUCCACCGGAACACGGAGUUGGACGGAGUCAAUCAUG